AUGGCUGGGCGUCCGAAGACUGCAUAUCUUCUUGGAGCGGAAAUCAUCAAAUACGAUACUGGGCCUCCGUUGCAGCGGUCGACCCCGGAAAGACCAGUCUUGCCGGGAACAGAGCAUGGGACUCCCUUUCUUUUGCUUGGGAUACGGGGAUGUAAAACACCCGAGAUCCCUCAUCCUUGCUGCAUUUCUCGCAAUGGCGGCCGGGGGUCUAAGAAUAAUUCCUUCACCACGACAAUUGCGAGAUGGCUUCUUGCUAAUCACGCCUAUCUCUGGGUCCGCACUGACCAUUGGUUUGGGACAAGAAUAGCAUCACGAACUAAAAUCCCCAAAUGCGAGAUACCCUUGCCCGAGGCAACUCUGAUCAGCGUUAGUCGUGAACCCCUCUCGAGAGCUGGGAAGAAGCAAACCCAACCGCAUGGUUCGGUUGAAGAAACCCUUGCCCGUCGAUCAUCGCGCUGCCCGCAGAGUUGGAUAUAUUUAUUCUCGUCCCAUCGACCUCGUUUCGCAUCCUCUGUCGUCGACUGCCGCGCUCCCUCGAAAUCCACCGGCAAAAGAGCUUGGGCUGUCGUCGAGGUUGCCAAGACCCGCCGCUGGGAAGCUUUGCCCGCAGAUGAUCCUCCGCAUCGCCCGCGACCUUUGAGCACGCCCAUCCGCACCAGCCAUGGCCUCCUUCUAACUGGCACUCCAGUGUCGCUGGCGGCCAAUGUGCCAUCGACCAUGACGGCUCCGCACUCGGUAGAAUCCUCGAAUAUACCGUCUGCGCUGAUCUCCAUUCGCGCCGCGGACCUGCUUGCCCUCGGCAAACCGUUCGUCGAGUUCCCGCGUUACUCCAUCCUCGAUCUCCAGCGGACAAUCGGAGCUGCCACCGGAUGUCUUGCGCGCUCAAACUAUCGAAGUGAGCGUGGCUCCGUUAGCGAUGGGUCGGCUGGUUUCGAGGACUGGUUGUCGAAAAGGCUACAGAUUGGACACCCGUUUGUGAUCCAGGACUUUGAGAAGCUGCCUCAGUGGGACAAGAGGAUAUUUUCCAUCGAGGGCCUGAUUGAACACUCUACGAAGAAAAAUAUCCCUAUUCGAAACUGCAGCACGAGCAGAGAUCUUAAUUUCACGCUGAGGAAGUUUGCGGAUGCUGCCCAGCAAUCGUAUAGAGAAUUCAAAAACUUAUAUGCCCGCGACCUGCCAUGCCCCGAAGCUUGGUUGGAACUAUGUCGCAAAUUGCUUCCACCUGAGGUGCAAUGGGCUGGCCGUUUGGACCUUUUUCAGUGGCUACCUCCGUGUGCCAGAAGCGAAGUAAUGAUGGCCUAUGUUGGCUCGGAGGGAUCCUCGUUUGUGGCCUUAUGCUUCCUAAACACGAGAUCUGGUUUCCAUCGAUGCUUUUCGUCAACAGUUGCAUUGAACCUUUUGAUUGAAGGGAGCGUUCUCUGUUUUGGAACCGACUUCGAAUCUCAAACCAAAUACGAUGCGUUUAUGGCCUCUCGCGGGGCUUCUCCUCAUGUUGAUUGGCUGAAUUUAAACCCAGAGGAGUUGAAACGAGCUGAUUUUCCGUUGUAUGUCUAUGAACAGAAAGUAGGCGAUUUAGUAGUAUUUCCACCUGCUACUGCUCACCAAGUUUGGAAUCUUGGUUCAAUCUCAACCAAAAUUGUGUGGAAUAUUCUACAUCCUCUAUCAUUGGAGGCUGGACUUGUCCACGUACAACCCCCUUUAAACCGACUAUGUCACCCAGAUGUCGCGCAGUCAAACCUUUCACUCGCGUGUGCUAUGUUGAGCUUGAUACGCGAUGACCACAAGGUUUCGAUUCCCCCGGAUUUGCACCUCCUUACCGGUCUCUUUCGCCAAAUGGUCCAGGAGGAGGCCCUCACAGAUCCCCCCGUUACCCCUGUCACCCUUGUGCGCGUUCCCGAAACUGCCAUUAUAACGUGCGACUUUUGCAGCACAGCUAUCUGGAAUCGCCAUCUACGUUGUAGUGAGUGCGAAGAUUUCGAUCUAUGUUUGCUCUGCUUCUUAAGCGGUCGAAGUUGCGAACAUAUACGCAGCUACUCAUGGGCUGAGAUAGUCCCGGAAGAAACCUGUGCACUUGUGCUGGACCGCGCUCAGCAGGUUCUGGGGUAUCAACUCGAAGCAAGUCCUGCCUCAGACCGCCGCAAACCUUUGGGGACAGCCGUGAACGAUCUCAUGCGUGCUAAGCAAAACACUUUGAGCAGAUUGUGCCAUUUGUGUCGCAUAGACCAUUUGGAAUGGAAAGGACGACGUUGCGACCGUUGUUCAGCAUUUUUCUGCUUCCGCGGACUUUAUCGCCAUUUUGAUAUGAACUCUGCAGAUGUGAUGCGGCAUUCUGGACUAUGGAUUUGCCCGAAAUGCCUCGAAACCUGUAACUGUCGGUGUUGCCAUUUCACCUCAGCGUACGUAAAGGCCGAAAAACCGGCAUCUAAGCGAAGGAGGAAUACGCCAAAUUCCUCAGGAAAUUCCAACACAAUUGUUCCUACUAAAGGGCAAAAGCGGCAACUGUCCACUUCACCAUCAACAAGGCAUAGUCUGACACCCCGAUAUCCUACCUCCAGCGCAAAUGCCAUGGACCAUUUGACCCGUAAUUUUGACUAUGCAAUCAACAAUCACAUACUCGAUAGGACUUCCUCCCAACAGGCAGACAGCGAACAAGGUCGUGCAAAAGUACCCAGACCCUCACACAAAGAUUCCAGAGUCAAUACACAGGCGCAAGAGGAUGGUAAAACUUUGCAUAGUAUAGAGUAUAUCACCCGGAUGCCAUCGCCCGCAGUCAACAAUAUUUCACUUCCACCUCUCAAAUCCGGAUGCAGUCCGGAACGCAUCGUGGACAUGGCUCCAUCGCCGGCAAUGAAGAGGCAUUCAACGGACGUGGCUACUUUUGGAAAUCUCAACCAUGUCAGAAACAACAUGUCCAUGCAGCAUAUAAGAGACAUCGAACGAGAAGAAAAACACGAUAUUAACCCGGAUGGACCCGCAUCAACGACACCCAUAACUACGAAUGCUCUUCCACACCAACCCCCACCCUAUACAGCCGCAAAUGUGAAUCCACUCCCACCUUUCAAUCAUCCACCCUUCGCCCAAACUACUCUCGCCCCAGGCACCCAUUUCCGUCCCACAACCACCAGUACAUCUACUUCAACUUCGACAACCACAGUACCAACUUCCCUGACCUCAAUCUCACCAUCCGUCUCCGGCUCCCCAUCCAGUUCCUCUCUCGAAACGCUAGAAUCCCAACUUCACCGGCUCCGCCAAUAUGCAGAAGACCUUCUUGCCUUGUCCAUGCAUGAAUCCCAUCGUCUCCUCCAACAGGAGAUCCACCAUCUUGAGGAGACUCUACUACUGGCAAAGAGAGAGCGGAGCGAACGGCUGCUUAGGGGCCUCGAAGCAGAGUUUCCAGGCCUGGUCGGGGUUAGAGAAGGGGUGAGGAGAGAAGGUGCGAGAUUGGGGUAUUUUGGCUAA